CGGGUUGAGGGCGCGCAGAGGGCGGCCGGCGAGCGCGGCGGCCGGAGCCCGGCGCUCCUUCCUUCCCGCACCGCACCGCGGGGCCGGGGCCGGGCGGCGGCGGGGCGCGCCCCCCCCUGCGCGGGGCGGCGGUGGGCGGCCAGGCGCCCCCGCCCCGCUCUGGAUGCCCAUCGCGGCUGCUCGGGCCGGGGGGUGGCUGCGGCUCCCCGGCGGGGGGCGCGGGGCAGGAUGCCGGUGCUGGAGCGCUUCUUCCCCGCGGCGGAGCCGGGCAGGCGGAGGAGGACGGGGGAAGAGCCGAUGCCCUUUCCCAUGGGCAGCCUGCCCGGUUAUCAGCAGGGAACCCUGGCCUGGGACUUGCCCGAGAUGAUCAAGAUGGUAAAGCUCGUUUGGAAAUCCAAGGGGGAACUCCGCGGGGCGAAGCACAGAGGGGUGUUGGAGACCGAAGAUGCCCUGGGCGGCUCGGCAGGAGAUGCACGGGUGAGAGGUCAGACAGGGGUUCUCUCCGAGCGCCGGGGCUCCUACCCGUUUAUAGACUUCCGUCUUCUUAACAAUACUACGCUCUCAGGGGAAAUUGGCACCAAGAAAAAAGUGAAAAGACUGUUAAGUUUCCAGAGGUAUUUCCAUGCAUCCCGGUUACUGCGUGGAAUUGUACCACAAGCCUCUCUGUACCUACUGGAUGAGGACUACCUUGGACAAGCAAGGCAUAUGCUCUCCAAAGUGGGAAUGUGGGAUUUUGACAUUUUCUUGUUUGACCGCUUGACAAAUGGAAACAGUCUCGUAACACUGCUUUGUCACCUCUUCAAUGUGCAUGGACUUAUUCACCAUUUCCAGUUAGAUAUGGUUACAUUACACAGGUUUUUAGUUAUGGUUCAAGAAGAUUACCAUAGCCAAAACCCGUACCACAACGCCGUCCAUGCUGCGGAUGUCACACAAGCUAUGCACUGCUAUCUGAGGGAGCCCAAGCUUGCCAACUUCCUCACCCCGUCGGACAUCAUGCUGGGACUGCUAGCUGCUGCAGCUCACGACGUGGAUCAUCCAGGGGUCAACCAACCCUUUCUUAUCAAAACUAAACACCACCUUGCCAGCCUGUACCAGAAUGUUUCAGUGCUAGAAAACCACCACUGGCGAUCUACGGUAGGCAUGCUUCGAGAGUCACGGCUCCUCGCGCAUCUGCCCAAGGAGGUGACACAGGACAUAGAGCAGCAGUUGGGCUCCCUGAUCUUGGCAACAGACAUCAACAGACAGAACGAGUUUUUAAUCCGUCUGAAAUCUCACCUUGACAAUCAGGAUUUGAGGCUGGAGGAUGCACAAGACAGACAUUUUAUGCUUCAGAUUGCACUCAAGUGUGCGGACAUUUGCAACCCUUGCCGGCUCUGGGAUCUGAGCAAACAGUGGAGCGAACGGGUCUGCGAAGAGUUUUACCGUCAAGGAGACCUGGAACAAAAAUUUGAACUGGAAAUAAGCCCCCUUUGUAAUCAGCAGAAGGAUACAAUACCAAGCAUACAGAUCGGGUUCAUGACGUACAUCGUAGAGCCGCUCUUUGAGAGGUGGGCCCAGUUUACAGGCGAUACCCCCCUAUCUGAAAACAUGCUAAACCAUCUCAGGAGGAACAAGGCCAAGUGGAGGAGUUUGCUCCACAAGCAACACAGCAGUAGUAGGAGCAAUGACCACUCAGGUCAAGUGACUGGCAGCCAAGAACAGACUUUAAAUGAAGAAGAGACUCCUUAGUGGCAGCUUUGCACUUUUCUUUAUAGCACUGCUAUCUCUGUCUUGAUCACAGCAGCAAGCAAAAUCCCGGGGAGCUCAGAGCCUGUUGUCAAGACCGCGGAAAGGGAAGAAAUAGCAAAGCAGAAGCUGUAAGGGUCCUCACGAACAAGCCCACGGUUCUGCUGGGUUCCUUUCUGGAUCUCCUUCACGUUCCUCUCCCCUCUCUUCCUUCUGCGCAUGCCUGAUGCCAUUCGUCACUUCUGAUCACGAACUGCCUGAAUGCAGAGUCCCAGUCAGCAGUACUUAAGCCGGGCCGGUUACGGCUGCCGUGAAGCAGGGAGGAUUACUGAGAGAACAGGGGAGACAGAGGCAUUCUUGGUUAUAUAUUCAUUUACCACGAGUCAUACUGUGACAUAUGUAUAUAGGCCCAGAGCUCCAUACGGUUUCCAGGCUGGCAGCUGGGCUGCACAUUAAACCACCAGCAUCUUCAGCAUCCAGGGGACACUGGCUGAGUGAGACAGCGCUCAUAGAGGGCAGAGAGAGUCUGGUUAUUUUAGUAAUUAAAACAAAAACCUUUUUAACUUUUGUAUUCUGUGCACUAAACAACAGAUCUAUAAACCUUGGACUGAAGUUACUCUCCGUAUACACAUCUCCAGUGUAACAAGGCUCAUUUUGGUAAUCAUUUUUAUGCCACUUUGGAUAAAAGACGGGCAUCUUCUCAUUGCAAGGAACAGCAUUCCCUCGCAGCCGAAGGGAAGGUGUUGUACAGUCUAAACCUUUGAAACACGAACAGAUCUAUCUUUUGAGUACUGUUUCAAGUAACAUGUUUAUAUUCAUAUGUGUACAUUUUCUGUAAAUACAAAGCGCUACUGAUUCCCAUGCCAAAAUACUGGAGUACUGUGGGAUUGCUACCUGUAAAAACAUUGGCACUGUGAACAGAAUACUGUUAGUUUUAAUACAAGAGGAAGCGUUUGUAAAUAUGGUAUAGAGUUUAUUAAUAUACACCAUUGUUUGUGGAUAAAAGCCUUAACUUUUAGCAUCCUUCAUCUUCUGAUAGCUGCCAAAAUCAUAUGAUCACAGGAUACGAUUCUGAACUGCCUUUCCACUAUCCAAGGUGUAUCAAAGGUCAUUAAGGAAUGAAGUCUGCAGGAUAACUUCUUGAAAACUUCAAACACAUUCCAUAUGGGUCCAUGUUAUUAAUCCAUGGCACCUUGCACAUUUGGUCUAGGCAAACGUUUCACAGAGCCUGAGGUUUUAAGUCAAAAAAAACAAAAACAAAAACAAAACAAAACCCACAGUGACACCAUGUAAUUUGACAGUUCAACCUGAUUAACGUUUAUUCAAGAGCGUGAAUUUUUAUUAAAUAGCUUAGUGAUCUACAAAGCACGAUGUUCUAAUAGUUCUGGAGCCCAGUUGUUUUCUCGAGUGAUGUUGCAGUGUAGCUGAUCUUUUCCCCACAUUCCCUCCUUAGAUAGCCAGCAUUGAAAUGCAUUUGUAUAUUUCUUUUCAUUACAAAAAAAAAAAAUACUUCAACUGACUUUUAGAUCAGUCUCACUCAAUGAAGGAAAAAAAAAAAAAAGAGGUUGCAGCCAGACCAUUAAGAAAAAUCGUCUUAACUAUUGCAGCAGCUGAGGAAUUUUCUAUGGUCUCACCUUUGUAAAAGAUACAUGGCCUUCUCUGUGCCACAGAGAACCUCAGCCGAGUUAGUCUUUAUACAACUUUCCUUAAGCUUCCAUCGUUUUAAUGAGAUUGUAUUCUCAGACACUACUGCCUUGUACCAAAGUGAUUGCCCAACUCUCCCCUGCCCCCAGAAAAAUUAAUUGCAUUCAGGUAAAGUGCAGUGUUGUUGCAAACCCCCAGCACAUCAAACCUACGUAGCUGUUUUUCAAAAGAAAAACAUACAAAAGAAAAAAACAUACAAAAGAAAAACCAUAUAAUCAUGGUUGCACACGAAUACCUUGGAGAGGCCAACAAAGAGCGAGCUAUUUAAGAAGUUGGUGUUUGAGAAAGAUAAUGUUUACUCAUAAAAGUGCAAGGGGAGAUAAGGUAGAAUUUUUCUCAAUUACAGCGACUAUUGGCUUGAUUAGACAAAGCGGUCAUGCUCAUAAAGGUGACUAAUAUGUUUAAAGGUAAAUAAAAAGCUUACGUUUUAGUAAAAGAUGUUUCACUCUACUAAUUCAUUGGACACGUCUCUUCAGAGAAAGAGACUGAAACCCAGUGAGGUGGGAAGGCAGAAAUCACUACAAGAACACAAAGCAUCCCGAGAACGAUGUUUUUCGCCUCCUCUACUGCUUUGUAAGCUAUAAGCAGUAGAAAACAUUCUUCUUCCUCCCUCUUCUAAAUGCGACUCACAUAUUAGAAGUACCAUAACAAGCAAAGAGAGGGAGUCAUAGUAGAAUAAAAUUAUUUCUAACUACAGGACAUAAAUGUCUUUUUAACCACCUGAUGGGGGGGAGGGGGGGCAAGAGCAUCACCGCUUUGCAGCUUUUUAGGUGUAUCUUUCCUUCUCCUGACAGAUUUAGGACAAUUAUUAGAACAUUACAUGAGCAGUGUAAUGUGCUGUUUAGAAGCACUUAAGUACACACAAAAGGAUAUAAUUUCCCUUGUUUUGUCUUUUUACUAAGAAAUGGAAGCCAUUUUCCAUCUAAUUCAAAGAAUUUUUUUAAAAUUGUUCUGAAGUUUAGUUAAACAAACACGGUGUCUAGCAGCAUAAAAAGCUCUUGACAGAUACAUUGUUGAGAUGUUUCUGAGGAGCUUCCAGAAAAUAGGUCCAAAAGGAAAGCUUAGGUACAAAUCAAGUUUUCUUAUACCUGCAAUAAAACCAAAACCUUCUUCUGUAAUUAGAGCUUACAGGAUCCAUUAGAAGUCUGCUCUUACCAGGUUAAAACUUCCCAACUUUGAAAAGCUGUUGAAAUGAAGAGGUUGUGGGGGGUUUUGGUGCACUGAGCAUACUUGCGAGAUUUCAAACCACCUUGUCUAAUGAAACAAUGCUUGAAAUAGGUUUAGGGUGGCUCCAGAAAUCCUUCUCUACUUGCAAGCCAAACCCAUUACACAAGUUUGGGUCUGGGUCAGUUUGCCUCCGGUGCUCUAGACAAAAGCGUGCUGAAAAGGUCGCCUCUGGCAGGAAGAUUCCCCGGGGUCGUAUUUAACGCAGAAUGUUACCAUUUGAUUUCCCAUAGAAGAAGCCAAACCAUACCCAAUACAGCCAAUCCAACAGCACCAGUGCUCAGUAGAUGCAGUUGAUAUGAUACAUUUUUGUUAUUCUCUAGUUUGGAGGACAUUUCUGUACUGGGAUUUCUCCCCAGGUUGCCAACAGAACGCUAGAUGCACAGAACAGAAAAACAUUUGUGCAGAUAAUACAGAUUUCUGUCUUCUCAGCCCUAUCAUCAUCAGCCACAACAGCCCUUGUACAACAUUUUUCUUUCUUACUGGGCCAGUGCAGCUAAAAGAUUCUGAAGUUAAGGAAAGAAGUAGAAAACUGCUAGAAGCAGGAGUUUACAACGCUUUUAUGCCCCACAAAUACAAUGCAUUUGAUUAAAACCUAGUUUCUUUCAAUGCAGAUUUCCUACCAUCAAAGAGGACAAUUCUACCUAAACAACUGUAACAAUAAUAAUAAUAACAGUAAAAGAAAGUGGUGAUAAGGGAAACUUUUAGUCCGGUUAAAAUAAUGCAUACACAUGCAUUUUCAUUAAGUAAAGAUUUUACCUACCUUUGGGUUUUUUGAGGGUUAGCAUUUCAGGGGCAAAAAGGACUAUUGAAAAAGUGUACCUUUGAAACACAAGCAGUGAGAGGAGCAGCUUAGAUCAAGUAGAAUCUAUGGAGGAAAGAAACCCACCUAAUCUGCAGUUGUAGGUAACCUAAUCUACAACACAGGCCAAUUAUUUUUGUGUAAACUAUUGGUUUUCAUGGAAAAAAAAUAAUAAAUCAGUCUCCCUGCACGGUCAGUGACAAGGCUGCUACCACAGUAAAUGAGCUAAACCCUUUUCACACUGCAUAGGUCUCUCACCAGCUUUUCCAAUCUGUGGUUGAAAUUUCUAUUAAAAGUUUUCAACAAAACAGAGAGAAUGCAUACCAGCCCUUCCAAUGGACUCUCCUCAGAAAGGAGAAACACUCCAAGUAGCUACAAUUUUAUUUUCAGGUAUCAAUCCGGGUACCAGCCACAAUUUAUAGCCUCAUAUUUUAAGGCACUCAGCUGAGUUGUCCAUGAAAUAUUCCCAUUCCCCUCCUGAUGCCACCAUCCCCCCACAUAUGGCCCGCCAAAAAAAAAUAAAUAAAAAAAAUCAAUACUUAAAUUUGAAUUAAGAUCCUGCAAAUUCAAAAAGUCCACCCCAAAAUACAAACCCAAGGCAAACUCGUGCCAUGAAUAUGUAUCCAAAUUACUUUGAUUGGUGCAAACUAUUAUUCUGUUGUUUGUUUCUAUAAUCCAUCCAAUAUUUUAGGUACAUAAACUUUAAGUGCAGAGCAUAAGUUUGACUCGGAUGUAAAAUAUAUUCUGCUUAUCUUUGAAUUCAAGAUUGUAUAUGUCAUGUUUAUUGUAAAGCAUUUUAUAUAUACAUAUUCACAUAUCUUAUACAACUCUAUGGGCCAAACACGGGUCCCACCCUCUUCACUGGGACCAAGAAUCAGCCCCCAUAUGUGCGUAUAUAUGCCAUAUGCAUCAUUCUGAAAGGAAGCACUAGAUUGUGUGAAAAUGCUGUGACUGCUAUGCAGUGAUGCCAAGAGACUUAACUGUAUCUUUUUUAACAUACUGCUGUAAGUAUUCAUCAUGUCAAAGAAUGACAACUAAU